AUGGCGAAGCCAGGAAACCCGCGGUCGCACAGACCGCACGGGAAGGGAGGCAAAUUCGGGCAGCAGAAAAAGGGUCAGAAAAACAACAAGCACCAGUACCAGAAACCCCCGUCCAAGCUCCAGCUAGAAAUCGCGGAAAUCCGGCAGCUCGAAGCGCGGAUCGCCGCCGGCGCGCCCGCGCCGGGCUCGAAUCCCCUAGCUGCGGAUCUCUCCGCUCCCGCCGCUUCCGCCUCUCCCGCUGCGCCAGCGAAUAGCAAAGAGAGGAAAAGGAAUGCGUCAAAGGAGGGGGUGCUCGCAGCAGCAGGAGGCGGAUCGACGGGCGGGAAAGGGGAAUUUGAGCCGUACGUCGGCGCGAAACUGUUCGAGGAGCUGCCUAUAUCGAAGCGAACGAUGAAAGGACUCAAGGAUUCGGAGUACGUGCACAUGACGGCCAUUCAGCGAGCUGCAAUCCCCCAUGCGCUGUGCGGGAGAGACGUGCUGGGAGCAGCCAAGACAGGAUCGGGCAAAACCCUCGCGUUCAUUAUUCCUUUGCUGGAGAGGCUGCAUCGGCAGCGCUGGUCGCACAUGGACGGAGUGGGCGGCAUAAUCAUAUCGCCCACGCGGGAGCUUGCCACCCAGAUCUUUGGCGAGCUCAAGAAGGCCGGGCGGCACCACCCGUUCUCGGGCGGCCUGCUCAUCGGCGGGCGGGCAGGGAGCGUGGAGAAGGAGAGGGAGCGUGUGCAGUCCCUCAACAUCCUCGUCUGCACGCCCGGUCGUCUGCUGCAGCAUAUGGACGAGACACCCAAUUUCGACGCAUCCAACCUCCAGCAUAUGGACGAGACACCCAACUUUGACGCAUCCAAUCUUCAGAUGCUAGUGUUGGAUGAGGCCGAUCGGAUUCUAGACCUGGGAUUCGCCGCGGCUCUCAACGCCAUUAUCGCCAACCUGCCUCCACCCCCGCACCGCCAAACCCUCCUCUUCUCCGCCACGCAAACCAAGUCCGUGCGGGACCUCGCCCGCCUCUCCCUCUCCUCGCCCGAGUACCUCUCUGUGCACGCCGAAGCAAAGGAGGCGACUCCCCUAAGGCUCCAACAGACGGUGAUGGUCGUGGAAGCUUCCCAGAAGCUGGACGUGCUGUGGAGUUUUCUGAGGAACCACCUGCAGAAGAAGACAGUUGUGUUUCUCAGCAGCUGCAAGCAGCCUGCUCGCCUCUCCCUCUCUAGCCUCUCCUCGCCUGAGUACCUCUCUGCGCAUGCUGGGCCGAGGGAGGCGACUCUGUUGCGACUUCAGCAGACCGUGAUGGUCGUGGAAGCUUCCCAGAAGCUGGACGUGCUGUGGAGCUUCCUGAGGAACCUGCAGAAGAAGACGGUCGUUUUUCCCAGCAGCUGCAAGCAGGUGGGGAGAAAUGAGGAUUUGGAGAUGGAAGUGAAAUUCGUGUUUGAAGCCUUCAGAAGGCUGAGGCCCGGCAUUGCCCUGAAGCUGCUGCACGGGCGCAUGAAGCAGAUGACCCGCCUCGCCUCCUUCUACGACUUUUGCGAAGCCGACCACGCAGUGCUGUUUGCCACGGAUAUCGCUGCGAGAGGACUGGACUUCCCUGCUGUGGAUUGGGUCGUGCAGGCGGACUGCCCUGAUGACGUGGCAACAUACAUUCACCGUGUUGGCCGUACGGCCAGGUUCAAUGCAUCUGGACGCUCGCUGCUGCUGCUCACCCCUUCUGAGAAAGCCAUGCUGCCGCUGCUAGAGGCCGCCAAGAUCCCGUUUUCGCUAACCAAGGCGAACCCAGCCAAGAUGCAGCCCAUAGCUCAAGCGCUGGCAGCUUUGCUCUCAAAGGACUCUGAGAUCAAGUACCUGGCACAGCGCUCCCUCGUCACCUACCUGCGCUCCGUGCACCUGCAGGACUCUGAGAUCAAGUACCUGGCACAGCGCUCCCUCGUCACAUACCUGCGAUCCGUGCACCUGCAGAGCAACAAAGAAGUUUUUGACGUGACCAAGCUGCCCGUGGAAGAAAUCGCGGCCUCCAUGGGGCUGCCCAACCCGCCAAAACUUCGCUUCCUGAAAAAAACGAAGGGGGCGGGAGAGAAAUCAGGGGAUGCACACGGGAAAGCGGAAGGGGCAAAGGGGAAGGGGGAGGGCGGGAAGGGGAGCGUAGGGGAGUGGAAGGGGCAGAAGAUUCGAUUUGGGGAUGAUGAGAGUGAUGCGAGCGAGGAGGGGAGUGAUGGUGAGGGUGAUGAUGGGGAGGAGAGGGAGGAGGGGGAGGGAGGGGAGGAGGGACUGAGUGGGGCGGCCACCGCAGCAGAGAAGAAGCGGGUGCUUAACUCGUUGACUCUUUCCAGGAAGCAGCGCAAGAAGCUUCUCUCAGGCCCGGGCCGACAUGGCGGCACGCGGUUGGUCUUCGAUGAGGAGGGCAACCCGCUGCCGCCCCUUGCCGCCCUUGCCUUGGAAAAGGACAAAAACGGAGGGGUGGCGGCAGAGGGGGAGGAUGCUGAGCUGGCAGCUGCCGCCCGGGCAGCUGAGGAAAGAUUCCGGCAGCUGCGGGAGGAGAUGCAGCAGAAGGAUUUGGAGGACCGGGCAGCUGAAAAAGAGCGUCUGCGAAUGAAAAAGCUCAAGGAGAAGUUGAAGGUGAAGAAGCGGGCAGGAGAGGGGAGGGAGGAGGGGGAGGAGGGAGGGCGGGUGGUAAUGCUAGGCAAGGGAGUUGAUGAUGAUGAGAGUGAUGAGGAAGAGGAGGAAGAGGAGGAGGAGGGGGAUGAGGAGGAGGAGGAUGUGAGGAGGGGGAGAGGCAAGAGGAAGGGUGGGAGGAGUGGAAAUGAUUAUAGCGAGAGUGAGAGGGAGGACGAAAGGGGGUCUGAAAAGGGCGGUGUACAAUGGAAUGAAAGUGAUAGUAUGGAGGGUAGCAGUAGUAUGGAUGAAGGGGCAAGGGAGGGGGGCUAUGGGUUAUACUCUAGUGGAGACGAGGGGGAGGACGUGGAGGAGAGAGAAAGAGGGGGGCAGAGAGGGGGGCAGAGAGGGGGAGGGACAGGGGGAGGGGAGGAGGAGGAGGUGCCUGAAGCAGUACCUUUGGAAUGGGGCGCACAGGACCUUGCACGGGCGAGGAAACAGCAGAAGGGGCGGCAUGAGUUGGUGCAAGGGAGGGGAGCAGCAGGAGCAGUAACGGGGGGGAGGAGAGCAGGAAAGAGAGUGAUAUACGAGGGGCAAACAUCGGAGGAGCAAGCAAUCUCGAGCAGGUCUGGCAAGAAGGCUAGGGUGGGCGGGUUGGAGGGUCAGGGGAAGGCGGCAGGGAAGGUUGCUGGUGGUGAGGGCGCGGGGUUGGGACUGGCAGAGCAGGAAACUUUGGUCCUCCGGCUGCUGGCUGCCAAGCGCCAAUGA